AGAUCCAGUGAAAACAAAGCGUACCCACUGCUUAUGGCGAAUGAGGUUAUUGACGUUUACUGUCACAUGACCAUGGCCACGAGUUCAAAUGGACAAUGCAGUGAUGGUGGAUGGACGCUGGUCAUGAAGAUUGACGGCAAUCAGGUAAAGCUGAAGAUGAAUGAAUGAAUGAAUGGAUUAAUUGAUGAUGAAAGGAUAAUACACACUAAAUAUUACAUUCCCCAGUUUACUCUCGUAUCAGUUAGUAGUUAUUUUACAAAUUUACCUCUCCUCCCUCAAAUGGGAACGGGGAAAAUUGGCGAAAGCCUGUCGAGGGUGACCAAAUAGCCACUAAGUUAAUUUUUAAGGAACAGACGGUAGCAGAAAGUCCCUCGAAGAUCUUUUGAUAUUUCCCAAAAACCAUUUUCCUUGUCAGUGCAGUUGACUCUCGAUAACUCGAACCCUCGCUAACUCGAACCUCGCGCUAACUCGAUAGAACCAAAGUCGAUUUCCCCUGCUACAUAAAUGUGCUGUAUUUUUGCCCCCGACAACUCGAACCUCCCGGCUCGCUAACUCGAAGUAAUUUUUGUUUUCCUACAGAUCUUUUCUAUUUAUAUAAUCUUACCCUCGAUAACUCGAACCAAAGUUAAGCCUGUGACAAGUCAGAAUAAAACAAAAAACAGCGUGCUGAAGUCCGAAACACUCAAUUUAUUUAUGUAUGUUUAUAAUCUUAAUCCGGCUCGCUUCCCUUGAAGUAAGAUGUGCCUGAUUCCAGCUUUGUAUUCCCUCCUCAUCUGUUUGCUAGUUUCCUUAUUUUCUGCUCGAACUCCCGAUAACUCGAACUUUUUUUAGAUACCCCAGAAGGUUCGAGUUAUACAUCGGGAGUCGACUGUAGCAAAAGUAAUUUUUUUCCGAAUUUAAACAGGGGAAGAGAUUGGCCACUGCCACUGGUAAACUUGCAGCCACUAAGCUAAUUUUAAAUGGAUAGUAGCAGCAGUAGGCUCGAUUUCCGCCGUCUGCCGGGUCCGGUCUUUAAGUGUGGGCUCAUUUUGCCGAACAGCGGCUGGUAAUCGAGCCUAUAGCAGCAGUAGCAGCUGGGGGAAGCAAAAGGAGAAAUUCCCUCGAGGGCCUUUUAAUAUUUUCCCGCUUGUACACUUUUUGCCUUUGUUGUGAAUAAUUUUAGAUUGUCAGGCGAGGUAUGAUAACAAUGAAUCUUCGACCGCCUCAGUCUGAGAGAUACGGUAAAGACAGAUAUUGAAGGAAAGAUAUUAAUUCAGGACAAUGAAUAACUGUAUACAAGGACUGUCAGGCGGUUAAGGUUUGACCCGCAGAAUGAGUAUCAGAAUCCUAUCGUCCUUUUGAGCUUCUGUUUAUGAAAUAAAAUUUUCCUGAAUGCAUAAAAGAAUAAAGAGAUUACCUUGCUUUAAUUUGUAACUAUCUUCCCAAAGCAAACGUUCCACUACACCUCUGCAUACUGGCAAGAUAAAAACACUUUUAAUGUUGAUGGAGGCAAGACUGGAUUUGACUCACUGGAGACCAAACUUCCCUCCUACUGGAACACAUCCUUCUCCAAGAUCUGCCUCGGUAUGAAGAUCAACAACCAGAUCAAUUUUAUUGAAAUCACUAAGAGCGCCAGUUCCCUGUAUUCACUGAUCGCUGAUGGGCAAUACCGCAGCACCUCACUGGGUCGUGACAAGUGGAAGUCCGUAGUUGGUCCUAAUGCCUCCUUGCAGCUCACCUGUAACAAGGAAGGGUUCAAUGCAGAGUGUACCAUGACUACACGCUCCAAAGCAAGAAUCGGUAUCCUUGCCAACGAGGACGGAGAUUGCAACUCUUGUAAUUCCAGGAUCGGGUUUGGCACUGGAGGCAACCAUGAUGACUCUAACACAUGUGGAAACAUCGCUAAAUUUGAUGCGGAUAAUGGUGAUCAACUCAUUAAAGCUUUGGGGUACAUUUUGGUACUGUGA